CUCCUGCCUACAAUCCGCCGCCUCUACGUCACGGCAGCAUUGAGGCGGCACUCAAUCGGCAGCAUACCGAUAAGCUGCCAGGUUCACGUCAAUCAUGUCCAAGGGGGAGCCCACGCGCCGUCCCCAGAGGACUCCACGUCGGGACAGAUGCUCAGCUGACGAGCACAAACCGCAAACUUCUUCAGUGACCCCCCGGCAGGGUCAGGCGCACCACAAGUCGAAGCGAACUCCUCAUAAGCCAAGGAGCUCGACCAGGAGCUCAUCCAGGAGCUCGCCGGGGAGCUCGCUGCAGUCAGAGUCCAGAGCAGAAUGGCGGCAGUGGCGCGAAUUAACCGUGAGGCUGAGUCGUCUGCCGGCCGACGUGACGACGGAGCAACUGUGGCAAUGGUUCUCGCCCUACGGUCCUGUCGUCUGGAUAGACAUCUUCGAGAGAGGGACAGGUCGCAAUAGUACGUCCGCUCGAAUCCGCUUCGAGCCGCCACCGAAACGCGCGUUUUGGGCUCGCGGCACCGUCACCGUCCCGCACCCAAACGUGCGCACAUACCCUCACGGCCUUCAACUCCCCGUCACCAUGAGUUGGGAGCCUCCGCGUAGAUGGCUCGUCAACAGCAACACGGCUCACCAGCGAGAGUAUCCGAUCAAGAUGACCAUCGGGCUGCAGCAGCUCGACCUCGGAACCAUGGUUGGGCCCAAAGCCAUGAUGGCCAUGAAAUCAAUUUUACCCUCGUCCCAGUCAGGCUCCAUGAAGAUGGAGCUCGACGUCAAGAACAAAUGGCUCAACGUCUACUUUCCCACCGUCGUGGACAAGGACGACUGGCAGGAACUUCGAGAGUUUCGCUUUCAGGUCGACAUUACCAGCAUCAAGAAUUUGCACCAGACCACAACGGCGGAUGGAAGCACUGUGUGGGUGCUGCCUCUACAGCGCCCACCUCAGUACUUUUGGAAGAUGGACGACGUCGAGGCCUCCUUCACCGACAGGUCUACAAUAUGGAGCUUCACUGACCUGUGGUUCCGCGCGACGGACAUCGCCAACGAUCUAAACCUUCCAAUGAAGCAGCCAGUCGCCGUGCACAAUGAAAUAGAUGACCCCGGCUAUAUGGAGAUUGGCCGCUGGACCACGUUUCGUCUCGUCAUCUCACAAGAGACCGAAAUGGGGUACAUCAAUUCACCAGACCUCAUGCAGAUGGCGCUCGAGGACUUCAACGUUGCGGUGCAUAAAAGUGACGCGUUCGACGUUCGCCAAGCCGGAAAGACAAUGUGGGACUUUCUCGACCACCCACCUGUCGCCGCCGAAGGGAACGCGUCGGCCUUGCUGGAACUCUCAGCAUCCCCCGUCGUUCACCUACCCUUCGAGAUCCGCUACCAGCUCGAAGUUUGCGUUUCUCGUGGCAUUCUCAAUGAGCACACGGUAACCCUCGAAUUCUUGCAGAGGCUAGCGAGUUUGAAACCCUUCGACGCCACGCGCCGUCUGGAAUAUCUCGUCGAUCAGGGAGAGACCAUGUACGAUCCCAUGGCGCUCUUUGAACACCCCGACGCUGAAGCCUACAUCCCCAAUCUCAAGACGCCACACUACUGCAACCUAGUCCGCAAGGCAGUCAUCACUCCCACGACGAUACGAUACAACUCUCCAACGGUGGAGACGUCUAACCGGGUAAUGCGCAAAUACAAUCACAUUCAGGAUCGCUUCUUGCGGGUUCAAUUCAUAGAAGAAGCUGAACAGGGCCGCAUCGCCAUCAACAAGAAGCAGAACGACGAGAUUUGGAAGCGCAUAUUCAGGGCGCUAUACCAGGGUAUUCGGAUAGGCGAUCGAGUGUACGAGUUUCUUGGUUUUGGCAGCUCGCAGCUGAGACAGUGCGGCGUCUACUUCUUCUGCCCGACGGAGCAUCUGUCGUGCGACGAUAUCCGAAAGUGGAUGGGCCAUUUCAGCCACAUCCGAGUCGUUGCAAAGUAUGCCGCCCGCCUCGGUCAGUGCUUUUCGACGACCAGAGAGAUACGCGGCAUAUUCCGCCCCGCAGUCAAGGCGAUAGCCGACAUCGAACGCGAUGGAUACUGCUUCACCGAUGGCGUCGGCAAGAUCUCGCAGUUUCUCGCCAGCCUCAUCAUCGAAGAGAUGACGUUGGACGUCUUCGAUGAGCCCACUGCGUUUCAGUUUCGAAUGGGGGGCUGCAAGGGAGUCCUGGCGGUCUGGCCGCAGGCCCAGGGGAUGCAAGUACAUGUUCGCCAUUCCCAAGAAAAGUUCAAGGCGGUGGCCAACGGCUUGGAGAUUAUUCGCUGCGCCAAGUUCUCCACGGCGACGCUGAAUCGACAAACCAUUACCAUCCUCGAAUGCCUCGGCGUCCCUGCCGGUGCGUUUCUAAACCUUCUCAAUCAGCAAAUUCGAGAAUACCAAAAGGCAAUGCGGGACAACUCCGUCGCCGUUGGACUCUUGACCAAGUUUGUCGACGAGAACCAGUCAACGCUGGUGCUGGCGGAGCUGCUCAAGGCUGGCUUCAGAACGGACGACGUCCAAGAACCAUUUACACUGAAUCUUUUGAACCUCUGGAGGUCUUGGUCCCUCAAGCUACUGAAAGAGAAGGCUCGGAUCCAGAUCGAAAAGAGCGCUUUUGUGCUCGGCUGCGUCGACGAAACCGGCACGUUGAGGGGCCACUCGGUGGCAACAGAAGGUGCCAAGAACAAGGACGUAAACAAGCUGCCCCAAGUCUUCUUGCAGCUAACAGACCCGGCUCGUUAUGACGAGACCAUCAUCGUCAAGGGCGUGUGUAUUGUCGGUCGCAACCCCUCGCUCCACCCCGGUGACAUACGCGUCGUGCAAGCCGUCGACAACCCUCGUCUGCACCACCUCAGGGACGUGGUCGUGUUUGCGUCGACAGGGGACCGCCCCGUCCCCAACAUGCUCUCCGGUGGAGACUUGGACGGCGAUGACUUCUUCGUCAUCUGGGAUCCCAAUCUGAUACCGACGGAGUGGAACUUUCCGCCCAUGAGCUAUACCCCGUCGAAACCUCUGGAGCUGCAAAGAGACGUCGAAGUCAACGACAUUCGCGAUUUCUUCGUCAAGUACAUGAAGAAUGAUGUUCUUCCAUUGAUCGCGACCUCACACCUGGCACACUGUGACCUCGAAGAGGAUGGGCCGAAGUCGCAAAUAUGCUUGUACUUGGCAGAGCUACACUCCAAGGCCGUCGACUUCCCCAAAACAGGCGACCCGGCCGAGUGGGAUUUGAGCCUGCAGCCGAAGAGAUGGCCGCACUUUAUGGAGAAGCGUAGCUCGUACCGGUCGACGAAAGCGUUGGGAGUGCUCUACGACAAGGUCGUGCGGCAGACCAUCGAGUUUCAGCCUGACUGGGAGCACGCCUUUGAUCAAAGAAUACUCUGCCGGUACCAACUCGGCGACGAUAUCCUCCAGGCUGCGCGAAAAGUCAAGCAGCAAUACGACUUAUCCGUUCGCCGGGUCCUCACGCAGCACGACGUCGCCACCGAGUUCGAACUGUACAGCGGAUGGUCGAUGUCGCGUCCGGCAAUCGGCAGUGACUACAAGCGCUCGGAAGAUCUUGGCCAGGAGUACGACGCCAUCAAGACCCGCUUCCGCGAGCUUUGCUACGAGGCAGCGGGCGGCAGUGACGACGACAAGCUAGACAAGUUCGUCGCAGCCAUGUACAAGGUGACCGAGGAGGAGGUCAAGGUUGCGCUGUAUGAGCCCGAUGGCGAGGCCGCCGAAGGGUCCGGCGAGGCCCAAGCCGCCCCCCAUCGCCUCAAGGAACCUAGAUUCAUGCCGCUUAUCAGCUUCCCUUGGUUAUUCCACUGGGUCCUUAUCCGCAUCGCUUCUGGUGGCCAAUACCAACCCAAGAGGUCGCACCUGGCCGCGUCCAGGCGCAAGGCGCACGGGCACAGCGAUAGCGCCGUGCAGUAUCCCACCGACCCUGGGAAAGCAGUAAGAACGGCGGCAGACGUGUGCAUUCCUAGUGGUAGUGAGGUUGGCAGCUCCGCGACGUUCCUUGACGGCGACGAUCUCAUCAGUUUUGGCACGCUCGACGAGUUCGACAUGCCGCUUACUACUAGCGGCGACGAGUCGGGUCUCUUGAUCAGCUCUCCGGGUGGCGAUAGUGUUGCAAGCCUCUUGGAUGCGCCUGCUCAGGACGAGCCGUCGGGUAGACUCGGGGCAGGCGCAUCCAUGAGAGUCAUCAUGAGCCCUGGGCUCGAGUUCCGCGAUACCAGCGCCGAGCCCGAGCAGGUUGAGACUCAAAGCCGUGAGGAAAUAGACCUUUUUGACGACGACGACGACGACAACGACUUGAAUAUUGACGAGAAUGGAGGCCACGGAGUUGAUGGCAGCAGCCAUGGCUGCGAAAAUGAGAGCCACGGAGGUGACAGUGGCGACGACUACGAAAGGGUUGGCGUCUCCGACAAGGAUGGCGCAGCGGAUGAGCGGGAGGGAAGCACUGCUAUGGACAGGUUUGCCGCGCUCAUCGGCUUUGACGAAGACGACUAGUCGGCAGCGCGAGGCGUGCUUCAGCGUGACGAAUCAACGAUGGUAGCGAGGCGUUUUUUCUCAGGGAACAGCGACGACCAGCUCGUCCGGGAUCACUUGGAGUUUUGGGCCGCGGCGACGUACAUGCCCGCUAGGAAAACACAGACGGGCAGUCUUGCAUCUCGGGGGCGUUUAGUUGCAUUGGGAGACGGCUCGAAGGAAGCAUAAGACGAUCGAUGCUACGUAGCGAG